CCACUUUGUGGAAGACAGGAGCUCACUGGAUUGCUCUCGACGGGAGGUGAUAUUUACAGGCACAUAUUUUAAGAAGAAAAAUGGUUUCAAAAAACAAAAAGAAUUCAUUUUAUUUGGAGGAAAAUGGAGCUGAAAAAUCAACUAUCACUGAAUUAUAUAAAAGGAAGCCCGAGAGCAGCCCCUGGUAUAUGGAAACAACUGGGAUAGUUAAUCCAGCCUCGGAGUUUCACGCAUCACUGAACUACACAGAGUAUGAUGAGCCUCCAAAGCAUCAGAAGUACAAUGCGAGCUUGCAAAAUAUGAUCCCUUUCCGCUGCAACAGCACGACUCCAGAAUCAAAUGGUUUGGAUGAAGCUGGCUUAUUCUCAUUGGCUCUGUUUUCAUGGCUCACUUCCACUUUGUGGAAUAUUUUUAGAAAGCGUUUAAAUGCAGAGAACUUGCCUCCUCUGUCAAGUCAUGACAGCGCAGACAUUAACUCAAAAAGGUUUUUCAAAUUCUGGGAGGAAGAAGUUGCUCGGGUUGGACCUGAGAAAGCCUCAGUGGGAAGAGUAUUAAUGAGAUUUCAAAAAACAAGAAUGAUUGUCGCCGUCAUUUGCUCGUCAUUUUUCAGUGCUGCCGGCUUCUUGGGUCCAGGUUUGCUGGUGCACACAAUUCUCCAGUAUGUGGAUACGCCCUCCAAAGAUUCACUGUAUGGGGGAGGCAUUUGUUUUGCUCUUUUCUUCUCUGAAUUUUGCAAAGCCUUCUUUGUAUCUUUGACCUGGGCAAUCAACUAUAGAACAGCCAUCAGAGUUAAAUCAGGAUUUAGUACUGCAGCAUUUGAGAAACUGAUUUCGCUGAAAGCGCUGACCGACGUCUCUGUUGGGGAGGUGCUUAAUCUGCUUUCCAAUGAUGGAUAUCGACUGUUUGAUGCAGUUAUAUUUUGUACUUUUUGCAUCACUAUGCCAGUGCUCAUAAUUUUGUGUGUUACCUACUCAUGUAUCAUUCUUGACUUGACUGCUCUCACUGGAUUUGUAGUAUACAUCAUUUUUAUUCCUGUACAGUUCUUGAUAGCUAAACUAACAGGUUUAUUUCGAAGAAAGGCCAUCCAUGUGACUGAUAAACGUGUACGAACCAUGAAUGAGCUGCUGACAUUCGUGAAACUGAUAAAAAUGUAUGCUUGGGAGAGUUCAUUUGAGCAGAACAUCACUGAGGUGCGAAAAAUGGAGAAAAGCAUCUUGGAAAAUGCAGGCUACCUCCAAAGUGUGAAUACAUCUAUCUCCACUAUUGUCCCCACACUGGCCACUGUGUUAACAUUCAUUGUUCAUACAUCCUUGAAGCUUCCUCUGUCUUCCUCAUCUGCUUUCACCGUUAUUUCAGUUUUCAAUGCAAUGAGAUUCACUAUCGGCGUUCUUCCUUUUGCUGUAAAAUCCUUUGCAGAAGCGAAAAUCUCAUGUGCAAGAUUAAAGAAAAUUCUCCUUCUUAAAAAUCCAGAAUCCUAUGUCAUGCAGUUAGAAGGCUCUCCAAAUGCAAUCGUCUUAGAAAAAGCCACUCUGUCUUGGAAGAGGCCACAUGACAAAGCUGCCCAGGAAGAGAAGAACAAUGGUGGAACAAAGAGCCAGAAUGGAGCUGUUUUCCAUACGCAGGACACUGCUACUUUAAGAAAUAUAAAUUUAACACUUAAGAAGGGAACAUUGUUAGGAAUUUGUGGGAAUGUCGGUGGUGGAAAAAGCUCUUUGAUUUCAGCCAUUCUAGGUCAGAUGCACCUUCUCCAUGGAUCAGUAGCAGUAGAUGGGAAAUAUGCCUACGCAUCUCAGCAGGCCUGGAUAUUUCAUGGGACUGUCAGAAGUAACAUUGUCAUGGGGCAGCCAUUUGACGAGAAGAGAUACCAAAGGGCCAUCUAUGCUUGCUGCCUUAAGCCUGAUCUGGCCAUUCUCCCAUAUGGUGAUAUGACAGAAAUCGGUGAAAGAGGCCUGAACUUAUCAGGGGGGCAGAAGCAGAGGAUAAGUCUGGCAAGAGCUGUCUAUUCAAACAGAGACAUUUUCCUUCUGGAUGACCCUCUGUCAGCUGUGGAUGCGCAUGUUGGGAAGCACAUAUUUGAAGACUGCAUUAAAAAGGAACUUAAGGGGAAAACAGUCAUUCUGGUUACUCACCAGCUACAGUAUCUAGAAUUUUGUGAUGAUGUCAUACUACUGGAACAAGGAUCAGUUUCUGAAAUGGGAACUCAUAAACUCUUGAUGGAAAAGAAAGGCAGAUAUGCACAACUCAUCCAGAAUUAUCAAACUGACCAUUCAGAUGAUAUAAAGGAAGAGAAGACUUUCAAGCAGUCAACACAGUCAACUCUCCGCCCAGAGAAGAUCUCUGUGGAGCCCAUGAAGAAUGGAAUUGAAAACCCUGCUUUUGAAGCAUCAGAUGAUUUUUCCAUAGAAAACCAGAAGAACGCAAAAUUAGUGGAUAAAAAAGAGGACGACAAGAGCCAGCUUGUUAAAAAAGAAACCAUGCAGGAAGGUUCAGUCACUUUAAAGUCUUACCACUGUUACAUAAAAGCCUGUGGAGGUUACAUCCUCAGCCUCUUUGUUUUUUUCAUUUUCAUCUUAAUCGUGGCAUGCAUUGGCAUCAGCGGCUGGUGGUUAAGUGCCUGGAUCCAAGAUGGUGCAGGGGCAGGCUGCAACACAACUGUAGUCAACACCACAGAGGCUGUCUGUAACAAAGAGAACAUUUCAGAAAACCCCCGUCUGCAUUUUUACCAAAUGGUGUAUGGCCUGGUUAUUCUGGUCAUGAUUGUUUUGAGUGUCAUCAAAGGUUAUAUAUUUACAAAAAUCACUCUGAAGGCCUCUUCAAAGCUGCAUGACAAGAUGUUUAAUCGGGUAAUCCUCAGUCCAAUGAGUUUCUUUGAUACAACCCCUACUGGAAGAAUUAUGAAUCGCUUCUCAAAGGACAUGGAUGAGCUGGAUUCUGGAUUGCCGUUUAAUGCCGAGACUUUCAUAUCUUUUGUCUUGCAAAUCAUUAUGACCAUCGGAAUCAUUUCUGGCGUAUUUCCAUGGCUUUUGAUAGGUGUUAUCAUCCUAUUCAUCUGCAUCAUAAUCCUUCUUGUUGUUUUCUGUAGCAGCAUUAGAGAACUUAAAAGAAUGGAGAAUGUAAGUCGAUCCCCCUGGAUAUCUCACACUACAUCUACCAUCCAAGGGCUUGGCACUAUCCAUGCAUAUAAUAUAAAGGAGGAAUAUAUUGAACAAUUUAAAAGACUGAGUGACAUCAAUGCUGCUCAGUUUAUGUACUUUCACUGUGGGACCAGAUGGCUAUCAUUUCGGCUGGACUUUCUUUCAACACUCAUCACUCUCUUGGUCUCCUUGUUUGCCGUUUUCGCUCCCGACGAUAUUCCCAGCUCCUUGAAGUCUCUUGCUCUGUCCUACACAAUUCAGCUUACUGGGAUGUUGCAGUUUGUGGUGAGAAUUGGAACAGAAUUAGAAGCCAAAUUUACCUCUGUUGAAAGAAUAAUUGAAUACAUUGAGGGAUGCUCAUCUGAAGCACCAAUGAAAAUUAAAGAUGCCAAUAUUCCAAACAACUGGCCAAAUCAGGGAUCUAUUACAUUUAAAGACUAUAAAAUGAAGUACAGAGGGAACACCCCAGUGGUUCUAAAUGGAUUAAACAUCAGAAUUUCACCAAAGGAUAAAGUUGGCAUUGUGGGCCGAACUGGAUCUGGAAAGUCAUCCCUUGGAGUAGCCCUGUUUCGACUAGUUGAGCCAUGUGGUGGAACCAUUGUCAUUGAUGAUAUUGACAUCUGCAAAAUAGGAUUGGAAGACUUGCGGAGUAGGCUAUCCAUUAUCCCUCAGGACCCUGUAUUGUUCAUUGGUACCAUAAGGUACAAUCUGGAUCCUUUUAACAAAUACAGUGACGAAGAAAUUUGGCAAGCCCUUGAAAGAACAUACAUGAAGCAGUCGAUCUUAAAGUUACCUGAGAGGCUCCAAGCAGUUGUGGUGGAAAAUGGAGAGAAUUUCUCAGUGGGUGAAAGGCAGUUACUGUGCAUGGCCCGAGCACUCCUAAGAAAUUCCAAGAUUAUUUUACUGGAUGAAGCUACAGCCUCUAUUGACUCUCAAACAGACAACCUCAUUCAGAGCACGAUUCGAGAAGUCUUCAAAGAUCGCACAGUGCUGACCAUCGCUCACCGCAUCAACACGGUUCUUGACUGUAAUAAGAUCCUAGUUAUGGACAAUGGAAAGGCUGUGGAAUUCGAUGGACCAAACAUUCUGCUACAGGACGCCAAUUCGUUAUUUGCAAAGCUUCUCUCGGCUGCUAACAAAGUGGACACCUGAGGCAAACGUCUGAUUUUUAUAUGUGUACGAGAGGAGUUUCGAGUGAACAGAGUGGUCUUCACGUCUUCCUGUGCUGUCCCUGUGCCACUUUGGCUGCAUCCUUAAUUAGAUCACUGCAUUCAUUUCUUCAUAAGCAUGGGAAAGGCACUGUAUUAAUAAAAUGGAUUAUUUUUAUUAUUAUUAGAAGAUGGUUGUCAAGCUGUUCCAAACAGAUCCCUGUCCCUUUUUUUAUUUGUUCAGGCUGCAGUUACUCAUUUUUUACAAAUUAAUUUCUGGUCCUUCUACAGUUAUUAGGAUUUUAGAUAUCUGCACAUAUUUCUAUAAUGUUGUUAGUUAUUAAAAUAGCCACACGAAUAAAUGAUUGGAACUACUGACAUUUUGAUUCUUAGAUGUCUAAUUUAUAAAUAACUAUGGUCAAGUUAAGAUGAUUUUCUACUGUAUAAGGUAGUAGUUACAGUUUCAUUUCCUUUUAGACAUCACUGCUAUUUUGCUUAUUCUGCAGACUGCUAGACGCUCUUAGAAUUUUGGCACCCUCAUCUAGUGUCUUCCUGACUAAUGAUUAUCCAAUCGUAGGCAGCAGUUAGGCAGUAAAAACCUGGAAAAAAAGGCUUUUAAAACAACAUGUCGAUUACGUGUGACACUGGAUUUAUUUGGUUUUUUCUCAGAAAUCAGACUAAGUUUAACAUUAACACUGACGUGUCCGGCUUAUUGAUUAGCAGCACAUUCACUGUACAGUAUGACUUCCUUGACAAAAUGACAAAAUAAUGUGUUUUCUUGUCUUUGUGAAUGUGUAGGCAGAGAAUUACUGGAGUACUCAUCAGAAUAAUUGUGUAUAUGUUUGGAUUAUUUAUUAAUAUUGUGAAAUCAUGUUGUUGUUCCAAGUUAUUUAUUUGUUUCAUGUACAUAAUAAAAUAAUUAAUACUUUUUUGUUUUUUUAA